CGUGUUGCGCAGUUGAUUUUCUCGUUAGCGGACGGUGAAGGUUACCUGCUUCAACAGUGCUUGAACGGCAACCUCUCUACUGUCACAGACCACCACAGGACGAGAACAUAAUUCUUUUUGAUCAGCCUGACCAUCGACAAAUCAACUUUUAAUUAUCUGAAACAAAGCAAGACGUUAGCUAAGUUAUCCUAAACGCAAAUUAGCCUGCGAGCUAACUGUUUGUUUUGCUAACAACGCGAGCCACUUGGGACAGCUUUUCCACCUCCUCACAAGAAGACCUUCCACUGAUAUCAGAACCAUGAGUUCCCAGGUAAGACAGAACUUCCACCAGGACUGCGAGGCUGCAAUCAACAGGCAGAUCAACCUGGAGCUGUACGCCUCCUACGUCUACAUGUCCAUGGCAUACUACUUUGACCGCGAUGACCAGGCAUUGAACAACUUUGCCAAAUUCUUCCGUCAUCAGUCAUCAGAGGAGCGUGAGCACGCUGAGAAGCUCAUGAAAGUUCAGAACCAGAGGGGAGGGAGGAUCUUCCUUCAAGACAUCAGGAAGCCAGAGAGGGAUGAGUGGGGCAGUGGUGUCGAGGCCCUUGAAUGUGCCCUGCAGCUUGAGAAGAGCGUCAACCAGUCACUGCUGGACAUGCACAAGCUCUGCUCUGACCACAAUGACCCACAUCUGUGCGAUUUCAUCGAGACACACUACCUGGACGAGCAGGUCAAGUCUAUCAAAGAGCUCGCAGACUGGGUGACCAACCUGCGCCGCAUGGGUGCCCCCCAGAAUGGCAUGGCCGAGUACCUGUUCGACAAACAUACUCUGGGCAAAGAAAGCAGCUAAAUCCCUCCAGAAGACACAAUAAAUGCAUUCUAUAUCUGUAUAUUUGUAUCUCGCUUCCAUGUUCAAAUUAAGAAGCCAUCUGCAUGCUACUGGCUAGUUGUUUGAACCUCUUAUAUUAUUCAUGUCAUUGCCAUUUCCUCCUGCUAUCAGCUGUGACCAUGUCAUUACUAUAUAAUUGCUGUUUUAUGCCAGGAGCUGUUUAUCAAACCUAAUAAAACAAACCCUCUGGAUUCUGA